AGCAUGUGAAUAUCAUCAGAUCUGACAAGAUCAUGCGAUGAAAAGGGACAGAGAAAAAUUCAAAGAAAGGAAAUAGAAACUGUCCGGGGUCCUGUCAUGUAUAUUCGGGCCGAACAAUCCAAUGUGAGCUAGAACGCAGGCAUGAAGUUAAAGCAUCUUGGUACUCUUGCUCUGGUCAGUAACCGCCAAUUUCUUCAGAUGUUUACUGAUGCUAUACUAUCCUCAAACUAGCAUGGAUACUCGGUCAGGAGAAGCUUUUACUGACUGGGGGAAUCUUUUCUCUGCUCCUCUGAACCCUAGCGUCUUCGCUGCACUUGAUGCAAACGGCGUAUUAGGCCCACCGCCUCAGAGGCAGCAUUUACCCAACAUCGACGUUAUGGUUCAACCUACUGGUUCCAACCAGUGGCAAGAGUCUCCCAUGUCGUAUCCUAGACCGUCUAUGCAGCGCUCGGAUUCUUCUUCGAGCGUUCAGUCCAAGAACUCUUCUUUUGCGCUUCCUCCUUCUCUCUGGAUGUCACCAGCCGCAGCUCCCGCUGGAACGCCCAUUCCAGGGCCUUCGAAACAUGAUCUUGGACCAACUCCUGCCCAUUCGCCUAACACAGAUAAAUCGACCACGGCUUUUUCUGAUCUAUUUUCAGACGACCUCUUUACUGCGUCCCAAACUACAUCUCCCCGUUUGUCUGGUUCUCCUGAACUAACAGGUUCUCUGGAUACAUCCGCUACUUCUUCUGUUGCAGACGACGCUGCUCAAUUUGCCAAAGAAGAUCCUCUUGCGACUCAGGUAUGGAAGAUGUACGCUAGAACUAAAGCCGGCUUGCCACACAAACAGCGCAUGGAGAAUAUCACUUGGCGAAUGAUGGCUAUGGCGCUAAAAAGAGGAGACUUAGUAGAUCCCAACGACGAGAAAGCAUUGGACUUGUACCCGUCGAGUGGGCGACUAUCUGAGGAGUUUGAAGCAUCGACGUCCACUUCCUCCAUUAAAGUAGAGGAAAAGGAUCCAUCUAUCACUGGUGAACGGGGCAGAAGAAAGGAUAAAGGAAAGGACAGGGUCAGGGUAGUCGGUUUUGAUGGAACAAAUCAGGACGAAGAGCCUGCCUUGAAUGACGAAGUGAUACCAAUGGACUGGCGUGCAAUAUCUCGCUCACGCUCUCGUAUAUCCAUGGAUUGGAGACCAACCUCACGGUCUCGAUCUAGACCACCCGAAUCCACUAGCUCCGCUUCUACCUUCUCCGGUCUCAAUGGUUUGGGCUUCGAUAUGGUUCAUAUGAACUCGAAUCUGAAUUUUUCGCCCAUGUCGAGCUCGAUGCCUAAUUCAAGUAUGAUACAUGCCCUUGCGAAACCUAUGUCUGGCUUGUCGGCAACUCGUACUAGAAGUCCACCUGGUGGCAUGAAUAUUGGCAUGGGUUCCAUAUAUGAAGAUUCAAACGCUUUCGACACUUCGUCAGACACGAGAUAUUCUUUUGCAAACCACCAGUUUGCGGGAGUGCAAUCACCGUCGUUUGCACCCUCCUCAUUACCAUCUCAUGUUAUGCAUCAUCCACAUCCUCAUCAAUCUAGUCACCAUCCUCACAUCACUUCACAAUCUUCUCAUCCUACGAAUGAUUCCACGAACUCUCACAUGGGUCUCGGUUUGAAUACAUCUGGAGUGAAUUUCAGUCUUGGGGCUGCAGGAUCUUUUUCUGCAGGCGGUAUACGCAGUGAUUCACCUCCGCCCCCUUUUGGGUUUCCUCGGCAUGUGCGAAAAACGAGUUUUGAUCAUACGGUUUCUAAAGACUCAAUAUAUCCUCUUUCACCUGCACAAGGAGGAAGACAUCAAGUUAAUGGGCGACCCCUUAGUCCCAAGGGACCAAACAAUGCACUACUUGUCCCUCGAUCAGGUUUAAACAUGGCCGAAGUGGGAUUAGGAAUGAAGAGGCGCGCAGAUGCGCCACAUGCCGAAUCGCUUCUUCGAGGUGACUUGACAGAAAUGCCUUUCAAUAUGGGUAGUGCUGCAGGCUUCACUCUUUCACAGUCCUUGCCCGCUCAUUCGCAUAUACAUACCGCUCAACAUUCUUCCCGUUACGGCCCUCAUCUUCCUUCUCAACAUUCUCAACAUCACACUGGUCGACAUCACCAGAUGGGUUCUGGUGACGGUGCUGAACAUUCAAGUGCGGGGGGAGUUUCUGGUCCCGGGAGUCCAUUCCCUUCCUCAACCUCAUUCAACUUCUCAUUCCCUACCUACGACGAUAAUUCUACCUUCGAAGCCGCGUCGUCUACGAACAACUUUGAAGGCUUCUCAGAUGCAGCUGGUGUUGGUUCGCAAUUCAAAUCUGCGCGAUCUUCGAUUUCUGGCCCAACGCACUCGCCUUAUAUGACCAAUUCGUCCAAUGAUCUUACAGGGCACCAUUCCCAUCCCAAUCACGGUCGUGGUGGGCACUCACAUCAUAACUCCACUGGUAGUGGAGGAGCAGGGUCAAAUCUCUCAGCAGCAGCAGCUUCUGCCUCCGUGGUUAUGGCAGAAGGUUAUGCGAGGCUGAGCGCUGUCAAUGGCAUUGAUGAUUUGACCGGUGGAGGUAUGGGACUCGGAGGGAUUGGAAUCGAUGGUUCCGGAGGCUCUGCGGUAGAUUAUACACUUAUGGGAAGCCUUGGACCGUUGUAUUCCGGGCUGGAAGACUCAUCCACCGGCGCAGGAAAUUCUAGUGGACCAUUUACGCAUGUAGAUCCGACACAGAUACUUGCAGGCUCUGGAGGUGUUUAUGCCCAUGCGAGUCCGUCGAGUGAUGGCUGGGGACCAACAUCCACUGCGUUGCCCAAUGCCUCAGGUGGUCCAGGUAGCAGUUCAUCCCCUGAGGCCUCAAACGCAAGUACGCCCCCUAGUGGGGAAGGUGGAUCUGGCCUUUUGACGGGUUCAUCUUCGAAGGCUGGGAGGAAGUACUUAUCACUCAAAGACGAGAAGACUAGGAUGACUGGUCUCGGAGAUUCGUUGCGGAGCGGGAGCAGCACACCCGAUUUGGAAACGAACUCGGCUUCGAAAGAUGGCAAAGGCACUAAGUCAAAUGGAGAAGAUGGAGACAACCCGACGCUAUGUACAAAUUGUCGGACAACGAACACGCCCCUUUGGAGACGGGAUCCCGAAGGGCAGCCGCUGUGUAAUGCAUGCGGUUUGUUCUAUAAACUGCACGGUGUAGUGCGUCCGCUCUCUCUUAAAACAGAUGUCAUCAAGAAGAGGAACCGUGCCUCCGGUACGCCUACUACAAGUUCCCGAAAGUCGAACGCCGGAUUACCGAAGCUGGCUUCGUCUGGUGCAAGACCUAGGUCGCAAUCCAAUUCAGCUACUGGAAGUAUGAUUGGAAGAGUGGGCAUGGGACAAGGCGCUGCUAGUAUAGCAGCUGCAGGGAGUGGAGGUGCAACCCCCGGCGGUGGAAAUACGAUGGUCAAGAGACAAAGAAGAGCGAGUGGGGCUCAAGGAGGUGCAAAACGAGGUGAUUCGACUUGAGUGCCUGGGUAGGCGAUGUGGUUUGAUCUGUUUUUAUCUUAUUCGUUUGCUUUGGGUAAGAUUAUAUCUCUGCAAUAUGCGUUUUCUCUUCCAUCCCUUCCUCUCGUUCCAUUUUAAUUGACGUACACAGAAACAUUGUUGUAGAUGUACUCGUAUCAUCCCUUUUCUCGUGAAGUUACCGCUCUCAACCUAUGUCACGUUCUUUCUUGUCUUGCUUCAUCUGUUUUGCAAUCGUGUUCAUUGUUUUAAUAGGACUGCGUACUGUAUCUCUUCGAUAGAUUUUCCAAACUAGAUCAACUAUCUUGCGCUGCUGUAUGUCGGCCAAGCUUGAAAAACGAACCAUCCAAUAAUGUGGGUG